AUGGGACCAUCUCAAAUUCAAAUAAAAGCCAGUGCAUUGCAACGAUUGAGUAAAGAGAAGAGUAUUUAUGAACAGGAGUUGAAGGAAAAUGAAGAAGAGGUGAAAAAAAUAGAGGCUCAGAUGACUACAGCAUCAGACAAAGAGAAGGAGGACUUGAAGUAUACACUAAAGGUCGCAGUUCGAAUCCGAGACGAGUCGAAAAGAAUGAUUCCUAAUAUUAAGGCGAAAACGCAGGAAGUGUUGAAGGACCUUAAGGAAUAUUUGAUGACCAAUGGGUCAGAAAAUGACGAUACCGUUAAGAAGGUGAUUAAGGAAGCCGAAAGGGCCAGUAAAUAG